UAGGUGGUUCUUCUUCUCGAGUCACCUACAGAAACCGAGGCAGAUCUCGAGAUUGUUUCAUGAUGCGUUCGUCAGGUAUUGUGACGGAUCAAAACACGAGAACGAUACCAGCGCCGGGCCCAGCCUCGGUCCGUCCAGCCAUCGGGUUGCCGAACUCACAACCGAAGCCUCCACUCGGUGGGCCCAUGGAGAGUCGGUGGAUGGCGGUGGAGUCCACACAAGCAACGGGAUUCGGCCAGUCGAAUCGGACGACACCCACUUUUCCCUGGGAUGCUUGCAUCAACUGCACCAGGGCCAUCCUGCAUAGCCUGGUCAUGUCGUAGUGCCCGUUGGGUACCACACCCUAAUAAAAUUCCUCAAACACGCCAUACCAGUCGCCAAUAACCCAAUCCUUUAUAUAACCAUGUCACCCCACUGCCCUCGCUUGUCGCAGUCCACCAUGCAACAACACUCCUUUCCAUCCCAUCAUGGCCAAGAUCCCUCACUGGCGUCUGAUCGUCGAUCAAAGUGUCGUCACUCAGGAGAUCAUCGACUAUCCUUAUGCCGGUUCGGGGACGGAAUCAGAUCCGUUCGUGGUAGAAUGGAUUCCCAAUGACCCACGCAACCCCAUGCUCUUCAAACAAAAGAUGAAAUGGGUAUACACCAUCAUCGCCGCGUUCGCCACCUUUGGCGUCUCCAUGGCCUCAUCUGCCUACGCCGGCAGUAUCGACCAGGUGAUCGAGCACUUUAACAUCAGCACUGAGGUAGCCACGCUGGGAGUGUCCUUGUUCGUUCUAGGAUUCGCCAUCGGCCCACUCUUCUGGGCACCCCUCAGUGAACUCGUUGGUCGUCAACUAGUCUUCUUCGUCUCCUACAUGGGCCUAUCCGUAUUCAGCGCCGGCGCAACAGGCUCCAAAAACCCCUGGACAUUAAUCAUCCUCAGAUUCCUUGCUGGCUCCUUCGGAUCCAGUCCCCUAACCAACGCAGGCGGCCUCAUCGCCGACGUCUUCCCCGCCGAGGAGCGCGGCUUAGCAAUGAGUGUCUUCGCAGGAAGUCCUUUCCUCGGACCGACCCUCGGCCCCAUCAUCGGGGGAUUCCUAGGUGAAAACGCAGGUUGGAAAUGGGUCGAAGGGUUCUUAGCAACCUUCACCGGUCUUAUCUGGAUCGUCCAAUUUCUCAUCGUUCCCGAAACCUACGCCCCAGUCCUCCUCCGCAAGCGCGCCGACCGUCUCACCAAACUCACCGGCAAGACCUACAUCAGCAAACUGGACGUCGAGCGCGGCCGUGUCUCAAUCAGCAGCGCUUUCGGCGCCGCUCUCCUCCGCCCCUGGAUCCUCCUCUUCGCUGAGCCCAUCGUCCUCCUCCUCUCUAUCUACAUGGCCAUCGUCUACGGAACCCUCUACAUGCUCUUCGACGCCUUUCCAAUCGUCUACCAAGAACUCCGGGGCUGGAGCGAAGGUGUUGGUAGUCUACCUUUCCUCGGCGUGAUGGUCGGGAUGAUGUCCGCAGUCGGAUACAACAUGUGGGACAACAAACGGUAUAAACGGGUGCACGAAAAACACCGCGGAUUUGCACCCCCGGAAGCCCGUCUCCCCCCGUCCAUGAUCGGCAGCAUCACUAUUCCGAUUGGACUCUUCUGGUUCGCCUGGACCAACGGUCUCAACGUCCAUUGGAUCGUGAGCAUCAUCGCCUCCGCCCCAUUCGGCUUUGGAAUGGUCCUCGUCUUCCUCAACAUCAUGUCCUAUCUCAUCGACGCAUACACUAUUUACGCUGCUUCCGUGCUCGCUGCCAACUCCAUCAUUCGAAGCUGUUUCGGUGCCGGCUUCCCUCUCUUCACUACCUACAUGUACCAGAACCUAGGUAUCCACUGGGCAUCCUGCAUCCCGGCCUUCCUGUCGAUCGCUUGUCUCCCCUUCCCAUUCAUCUUUUACAAGUACGGUGCAGCAAUCCGACGAAAGUGCAAAUAUGCCGGCGAAUCGGACGCAUUCAUGAAGAAACUGGCCGAUAAGUCGUUGAAUCCGGAGAAGAGCCAGGAGGUGGUUGAUGAAGAGGCCGAGGCUGUUGCGGAUGGACUUGACGAAACGCGUGUCGACAGGGAGUUGGAUCUCGAGCGUGCGAAGACGGCGAAUACUGUGUCGGAGUCGAGCGAUGAACAUGGUGAUCGGCAGUAUGAGGCGAAUCCGUAUGAUAUUGACCGGGUGAAUACGAGGAACUCGGCUAUUUCGCGGUCGAUGUCGACGAAGUCGAGGAGGAAGAAGUUUGGGUUUUAAGGGGAAUGGUUGAGUACAGUUGGUGUUGGUGCGGUUGGUAGCAAAGUGUUGAAGGGGCUGAUUUUGAGAUACCCUUCUGUUUUUCGUCGUUCGUGAUACCUUGGUUAUAGAUACUACUACUUAGCUCGAUAAUCAGAUAAUUUCUAGUGGAUGUGUAAAGU